UUGUGUAUAAUGCUCUGUGUGUGUGUGUGUUUGUUUGUGUGUGUUUGCUUUGCUUGCUGAUCAUUGUCAAACAGGCUCAUCACCUGUGUCGCCCAGUCAUCUCUCCUGGGGACCCUCUGAAUCCACACAAGCAUCUGCCGAUGCCCUUAAAACAAGGAGCGGACUUGCUGUCCCUUUGCAGAGUGGCUCAGCCCUGCAGAGUCUCAUUCGUGGUCGGCUGCUACCUUCAGACACCAGUAAGUUACCUUCACCUUUGUGGCCAGAUGUUUAUCUAGAGAUGCUUUCGGUGAUUAAAAGAGCUACCAUGUCCUCAGUGUCAGCCAGCUCUCGCCUGAACAAGAGCUUGUAUCAGCACUACAGGAGACUGCCCCAGGGCGACGUGGCCCAGGUGACCUACGUGUGGAUCGACGGCUCCGGCGAGACUUUGCGCUGCAAGACGCGGACGCUGGAGCGCGAGCCGCAGUGCAUCGAGGACCUUCCGGAAUGGAACUUUGACGGCUCCAGCACGUACCAGGCGGACACCUCCAACAGUGACAUGCACCUUGUCCCUGUGCGCAUGUUCCGCGACCCCUUCGCCUUGGAUCCCAACAAGCUGGUACUGUGUGAAGUGCUCAAGUUCAACCGCCAGCCCGCAGAGACCAACCUGCGAGCCAGGUGUCGUAAGGUGAUGGAGGACGUGCAGGACCUGAAGGUGUGGUUCGGCAUGGAGCAGGAGUACACCUUGCUUGGGGUCGACGGCCACCCCUUCGAUUGGCCACAGAACGGGUUUCCGGGGCGACAGGGUCCGUACUACUGUGGUGUGGGGGCAGACAGGGCCUAUGGUAGAGUCAUCGUCGAGUGCCACUACAAGGCCUGCCUGUAUGCUGGGAUCAAGGUUGUCGGCACUAACGCAGAGGUCAUGCCCUCUCAGUGGGAGUUCCAAGUGGGCCCAGGGGAGGGGCUGGACGUGGCGGACCAGCUGUGGAUGGCGCGGUUCCUGCUUCACCGCGUGUGUGAGGACUUCGGGGUGGUGGCGAGCCUGGACCCCAAACCCAUCACGGGGGACUGGAAUGGCGCGGGCUGCCACACCAACGUCAGCACAGAGGCCAGCAGGGCCGAGGGGGGGCUGCAGUACAUCGAGGAGGCCAUCGAGAAGCUGAAGGAGCGACACGCCCAGCACGUCCGUGUGUACGACCCCCGCGGGGGCCAGGACAACCUGCGCCGCCUCACGGGACUCCACGAGACGUCCAGCAUCCACAGUUUCACCGCCGGCGUGGCGGAUCGCGGCGCCAGCGUCCGCAUACCCCGCCAGGUGGGUCUGCAGGGACGGGGGUACUUUGAGGACCGACGGCCGGCGGCCAACUGCGACCCCUACGCCGUCACCGAGGUCAUCGUCCGCACCUGCUUCCUGGGAUUCCCUGGGGGAGAGGACUCCCCUGAGCCGGGGAGCUUGUCUUCUGCACCAAGCGGGAUGGUCGGAGGCCUGAAUAUUUUUUCAUAAACUACCAUCUUUAAUAACCUCGGGAGAUCUGGCGUAGUAGUUUGGCAUUCCCCAAACUAUGAAGCGCAGAUGUAGAUUAUUGCAGGUAUUUUUAGCUUUAUUAAGGGAAUAAUUUCAUAUUUCGUAUAUAAUUUUGCGUAUUCGCGGGCCCUGUCAAGUGCUGGGCCCCCUGAAUCUGCCUGCGUAUCCAUGCCCCCCAAAUGCCCCUGAUUUUGAAGGUAAACAAUCACACUGCUGUGAAAUUGGAGCAGCAGAAACAAAACACUUGGUUUUGAGUUUGAAUACAGAGAUGCUGUCAGGAACGAGCAUUCUGAUAUCUUUUAUUUAAUGUUCAGGUUGUUUUCAGCUAUUAUGUUGACUGUUUUGCAGGGUCUUAUUACAGCUGUGUUUCCAAGAUAGCAUUUAACAAUAAAUGCUGUUCAAUUAUAGGCUUUAAUGCUUCUUUAAUUUAAAUUAAACAUAACGUAAAGAGUCGAGGCUCAUUACAGCCGUUCUGGUGCAUGUUAGACCGGGGACACGAAUCAGUGUAACAACAGAAAUCGGAGAGAGAUUUCCCGGAAUUAACCAAACCGUAAUUAAUUUCAACCCAGCUCUCCUACGCUGUAUCCGUGGAAAACAUGAUAAACCACAAAAACAUGGUGGUCAUAUUGCAGUGAGUACUAUCAGAUAUCUCGACUGCUUCCAUAAAACGCAUCACGUCAUAAAAAUUACAUCAUCACUCAUCCAUACCCCAACUACCUAUCCCGGUCAGGGUUGCGGGGGUCAACGGUUCAGCGUUUAUUUGUAAUCAUUAGUGCUCGCUGCGUAGAAUUU